AUGGCACCAACAAUUCUCCUCGUCCCGGGUCUUUGGGAAGGCCCAUCUGUAUUCGACAGUCUUUCAUCACUCCUGGCCGCCGAUGGAUUCAACACCGAGGCCGCGUCUCUCCCCAGUACGGGGUCCACUUCUCCAGGCAAUCCGACCAUGAAAGAUGAUAUCGAUGCCAUUCGUCAACAUAUUGUCUCAUUGGUCUCCCGAGGCGACGAUGUUUUGUUGGUAUUGCAUUCUGCCAGUGGCUUUCUUGGAAGUGAAGCAAUGCAAGGAUUGGAUAUGAAACGACGCCAAGAACGAGGAGAAUCAGGCGGCGUGGUGGGAAUAGUUUUCUUGACAGCGGGCCUGAUUCCGGAGGGACUUGCACACCAGACACCACCCUUUUUCGUUGUUGAGGGUGGGGCUGCUCACUGCAUAACGCCAGAAACGUCUUUAUUUGGAGAUCUACCAGAGGACGAGAAAAAGAAAUGGCUGACAUUGCUCAAGCCCCAACCCUCUCAGGGAUGGGAUGAUACAGUUACAUACACAGGCUGGAAAGAUGUACCAAGUGUAUACCUUAUUUGCGAACAGGACGCAUUGCUGCCCGUGUUCCUACAAGAGCAAUUCGCCGGUUUAGCCAACAGCAAAAUAGUGCGAUGCAGUGCUGGCCAUAUGCCUCAACUCAGUCAGCCGGAGAGGGUUGCGGAAGUCAUCAAGACAGCCAUUGCUGAUUUCUCAAAUUAA